ACCACCACCCGAGCGGGCCCGAACUCCGUCACAACACGCAAAACCCUAACCCAAUCUCGUUUCCCACGUCUCUCGCUCCCAGUCCCAGAUGGGUCUCUUCUCGUGGUGGAGGGGAGGGCGACGCGGCGGCGCCCCGCCGGACCAGCAAGCCUCGGCGGUUGCGGGGGUCGUGGGGACCGACGUGGCAGCUUCUGGCACCCACGGGGCGGUGGAGGUGCGGCGGCAGCGGCAGGCUGCGGACGCGACGGUGUUCGAAUUCGGGUCCGCGGCGGAGUCUGGCGCCGCUGUGACGCUCGCCGGCUACUGCCCCGUAUCUGAUGAGCUCGAGCCGUGCCGCUGGGAGCUUGUCCCGGCCGCUGUUGAUGGCGCGCCGCAGUUCCGCAUCGUGUUCUGAGCGUGAGACAUCUCGGAUGGUACCGAAUUUCAUAGGUAUAAAGAUGUGGUGUUUGGGGGUGUACUGGUAACCAAGCAUUCAGCUAAAAUAAAACUUGUGAUGUGGUUGAUGAGCUUCUGAUUAGAUAUGGAUGGUCAUAUAUGCUCACUUUGUCUGGAUGGAUUCUUUUAUGAUUACAGAUGAACUAAUUCGUCACUACAGACAAACAGUAAUGUAAGAGCGCUAAAAUUUAUGGAUGAGUUAUAGCAUGAUCGAAAAAAAAUGCUUGGUAGAUGCAGUGGACAUGAGAGAGAGUUUCUUAAAA